AUGCAAUCACAGCUAAUUUCGCAGCUACAAAAACUGCAGCAGCGCCCUGUGGAUGACAAACGUAUCACGGAUUCCUUUUUGUUUUCAAAGAGCGAUGCCAAAAGUUAUUCACGUGAGCAAGUCCUUCAGCUUGCCGCAAGUGGCUUGAAAAUGCUUAUCACCAUCGAUAACCGCUUUCAUCCCUUUCUGGAUGACCUUUUUAAUCCUAAAAAAACACGUCAAGAGCGGAGGUUACUGCACACAGAGGAAAGUAAGGCGCUUGACCUACGUUUAGACCAUUUUCUCACGUUGCUCAGCCCUCACUUGUUUCUGACAGCUGCUCACCAAGUAUUUGAAUACCUAGUUCGCGUGCAUGAAGUACAUGUGUACAAUGUAGAAACCGUUCUGCGAGCUUUUCUGCCUUAUCAUGAUCACAAUAUCUUUGCUCGUGCGCUUUUGCUGCUGGAUCUCCGUGAUACCGGUCUCGAUUUCUUGUCUACAAACCAGGAGCAUGGCGCGCCCUUGUUGCGAGAGCAUUUGGUCAUGGCAUGUGCGGAAAGUCGGAAAGUACUACGAUUGGUUUGCAUGACAAUGUCUGCACCGGUUCGGUUAGGUAUUCCACAUAACGCGGCGAAUGCCCUUUAUGCUAGUGUUGCCACUGAGUUGGCAACUCACCCUGAUGCUGAGUUCAUCUGGCGUGUUCUUUUACCAUUUGAAGUUGAGUUCCUGACCGGUUCUGGGGUUCCUCUAUCCCAAGGAGGCCCCAGCUCCUCACCGACGGCGGCACCCAGUCGGGAGGUGAUUGGCACCUCUUUACUGGUGCUUUCCGCGUGGAGCACGGAGGUGCGAUUUUCCCAACCCAUGAUGUCUGCCAUCAUGCGACCCAUUGUGUCAAUUUUCGUUCGUAGCCCAGACCUCACCGGGGCGGCAGGGAACGCCUCUGUUCCACUUCUGGACUUACUCCUUCUUAUGGACCGCUUUCUGGAGUCCCAGAGGCAUAUGCUGAAUGAGAUCAGCUUCGCUCCACACAUCGUUGCGUUACUAGCGCUGCCGUGGUCGCGUUGCGUCGGAGUUUUGUCACAGGCCUUUGCCGAUGCCGCCUCGGCCGGAACGGUGCUUUUUCCCUUCCUCUGGACUUUCCUCAGUCGGUUCUGUCUGGAGCGGCUUCGUGUGGCGAAUUCCAUCGCAUCGAUCCCGGCUGACGUUCGGAGCUUUCUGAUAUGCGCCGCGACGGAGCUGCCAUUGGGUAAGAGUCUGGUAAAGGAAUUCUUCCUCACGGCCGUUCACUGUGGACAGGUCCUCAACCCUGAAGGGGAGGGUCAGGAUCGCACGUCAGACAGUAAAGAAGGUGAUAGGAACGGUGCUGAUACGGGUAGACCUUCGGAAGACUCCAAGGAACGGAGAGAUCUACUUACAACUAUCAUCUCCGCUUUGGAGAGGCGUUAUCAGUCCGUGUUUGAUUCUACACUUUCAGAGAUGUUAAGCUCUCCUAGCAUGGCUAAGGCAUCCAUAAGAUACCUUACAGCACAUCUUGGAGGUACGCGUUAUCAAAUGGUGGAUUUGGGCCGUACUUCUGCAUGUAGAGAAAUCCCGGAAAGCCUUCCAAUAUUUGCCUGUUUGCUUCACCCUCUUCCAGAAGUUCGGAAGGUUGCUGCAGGAGUUAUUGAUGGGAUGACUACGGAGCAACUUUGCUCUACGAGAGUUGGUGAAAUUUCUCAUGAAAGUAUCACGGACAGCUCGCUUAUGGGAUUACUGGCGCACGUUGCCGAAUGUGAGUCAGAUCACGGAGUUGCGGAGCGCUUUCUAAAUACAGCGGCUGUAGUAUUUGAGAAGUUGACGCACGUGUUGCAUAAGGCGAAUCGAGAUGACAGUGGAUGUGGGGGAGUAGAAGUUCUUCCCAAUGAUAAGCUUUUCUUCUAUGACAUCGUUAUUAAAAAACUCCUACGAUCCUUAUAUAUCAUGGGUGCGCAGAUUGAUAUUACCGUUCAAGCUAAGUACUUCAACACGAUUUUAACCCCUUUGCUGGAAGAGUAUUUGAAGAACUCAUCGGGUUCAGCUUCGAAAAUUGUUCUAGGAAAGGCGAGUAAGUCAGAGAGGGAUGGGACCCAACCACCGAACACCAAUAUGAAGUCUUAUAACUCUUCUGUAUUCUACUAUACCAUUCUGCUCUAUAUUUCGCUCACUUCAGCCAGUCAAGUACUUCACCAUCAGUCUGCUAACGAAGAGGAUAGUGCGGAAUUGGUUCGAGCGAAGUUAGUGCGAACUAUGGAGGACAUGCUACUCAAGUGCUUCCCUAAUCUGGCAAACAUUCACGCCCUUGCAUCUUGCAGUUCUACACUGAAAAAUAACUUUAAUAUGGAGUGUGGUAGUAAAAAAAUAAUGUUCAACAAUAUACAGACUUCUGAGUUGAAUGAGAUGUUGGGGGUACUUGAAAUUCCAGAGGUUAUGCAGAGCGUUGCGAUCGAAGUCAGAGAGCGAUCCGAGACCACUUUCAGGGCUAUCGUGUCUCUGCUUAAUUACAAAGCCGCCUCUGAGGUGCGGGUAGAGAUGACUGUGAAUGAGUUCAUCAUUGUAUCAAUUGCAAGCUUGAUGAUGGAUCUCCCUGGUGCAGCUGAAAAUCUUCUUCAAUUUUUCAUUGGGUCUCCCCACCAAGACACUCUCAGCGCGUUUAACCGGAAGGUCUUUGAAUAUUCUUCCCGACAGGGAGGUAGUGACGGUGACAAUAUCAAUCAAGGCUACUUAGGCAUAUUACAGCGAGUGCAACGAUUUAAUGCGGGCCAAGACCUGAUGUUGAGUGAAGGUAGGGCAGCUGUAGGAAGGGGUCAACUUCAAGAUCCCCUUUCGUCUUGCUGUCUUCCAAGCAACAACUUUACGAAGCGAUUCUCAUUAGUACUGCAGAAGUUAGUAGGAUCACUUCUCAGGUACAAAAUGAACACAAAUUUGUCAGCUUUGUGUUCAGUUACACAGCUACUUGGAUACUUGAAGGCGCCGCUGCCUGCAAUGGUGGGUCAUCUGGAGGCACUUGCACCAACCUACUUAUUCCUUUUAGACCUGUCUCUUCGACAGGUUUCGGAAACUUUGGACGCGUCGAUGGUGCCGUUCCCUAAUGAGCUACCCGUGGAUUGGUGUAUGCUUGUUAGAGAUGCCGUGUUUGGUGCAGCGGGGCAUGCGGAACCCUUGAACGAGACCAUGUUGUCAAAAACUUCUAUACUAAACUCACUAGCUGUGUGUAUUUUCCUACCACUUUGUGUCCCCAUAUCCCAACGUGCUGCCAUUUUGAAGCAACUACAGGAUUCCAUUAUGCGUGCGGCGGCGGUGAAAAAACUCAAGCGAACUGUUUCCGAGGAAGAGUCUUCAGCAUUUCUGUUUCUAAGCGCAAUCUUUUCUGAUACAUUGCCUACUGAGGAGCUUAGUUUAAAUGUGACGACGCUUAACAGCCUGGUAGAGUCAAUGGCUUUAGAAGAGUCACGAUUUCGUUUGAUUGAUAGUGCUGCUGAACUGGUCGGAGCGAUUUUUACAGCGAUGUCACAUGGGGAGGCGGAUCAAGUGAUAACUAAGCCUGCUAUGCGAACACUUUCACUCUUACCAUACAGACUCGCGACAAAGGUUCUCGAAUUCUUUUUCGAUGCCCCCUCAGCAAGUGCUAUUAUGAAGCGUAAAAUCACACCCCAAAAGUCAUUUUCGUCGUUCCCCUUUCCCAACCUUCUUCCAGUUGUAGAUCAACUUCUACAGGUUGGGGCUGGUACCUAUCAUUGGGCACGGAAAGGGAAAGCAAAGAAAGGCCCCGAGAAACGUGGUAACGACAACCAAACCGAAUUUGAGUUGCCAUUAGUGGCUGCCGAUUUCCUUAAGGCCAUUUGCUGUCGUAGUGUUAUUCAUGUUCAGGUAGCCAAUUCAGAAAUCCUCGAACUUUCCCAGAAUUCUGUGGUGCGCCUCUGGAUGCUACUUCUAGAAUAUCCGUAUCUGCGGAUUAGAGGGGAUGUCAGAUUUCACACAACUACGGAAUUCACUUCGGUUCGUCCGUUAUACCGUUAUGCACUUACUGCUCUGUCAGUAGCACUUCAGGCUGGAUUAAAUGAUGUUUCCUCAAACCAAGGGAAUGUGCUUAUCAUCACUCGUAAAAAGUCAGACAAAGAGUCAUCUUUGAAAUCGAGGAAGGAUGAUGACGUUGAAUCCAAGAGGAGUAAAUUCGCAGUGGAGUUGGCCGCGCUAGUAGCACCGGCUCUUUUCGACAACGUCCUCCACAUCGGUUCCGAUGUGGCACGGCUGUGUGUGGGAACCAAAGGAGGUUAUGAGCGUGUUUUCUUGCCAGCACUGAAACAGGGUUUUUUAGGUACGCGCUUGGAAGUGCUUCAUGAGCUUCUGAAAAUCCUUGUGCCAUCAACUUCGCAACACCAAAAUGUGGAAACCGACUGGCAAGCGCCGUCCGAAUGCUCGCUAAGCAACCCUCUGCAUUAUUCAGAUGCAAUGUGUAUCAUUGAAUUGAUCCGGGACCAGCUUAAUCAACUGAGGGAUUGCCGUUGGGUCUGUACUAAACAUUGUUUGUUGUUACUCAAAGUCCUCUCUACAUUACUGCAAGUUUUGCCAACAGUGCAAUGCGAUGAUGAUGCAGACGAGUCUCUUUUGUCUAUUGUUAUGAAGAUUUUAGAGGAAUUUCCUCUCGACUCCAUGUGCCCUCUUCUUGAUGAGGACUCUGUUCUUUCCCCGGAUUCACAAUGGGCCGAGGAGUUUGACUUGGUUUCGACCCCAAUUGGGGGUCGCCACGCUGUAGUGAAUGUUUAUACACGGCAGGUGCUUCUUUAUUUGAAGGACUAUACCACUCUCUGCGUUGAGCAAGCUCAUGCGCUUUCUGAAAAUGAUCCGCGUGGUGCCUUCAAGGUGAGAAGCAUAAUUCUGAGGCAAGGUCUUGCGCUCAUCGUGUCUCUUCUUUCUCCUCAUUCCUCUACAGGGGCUCAACUUGAAGAGGACGUGGCCCAAGUUGCAAACGAGACUGAAACCGAAGUCAGAGAGGGGACUCAGGCAAAGGUGGAUAUUAUCUCAGAGUUUCUAAGGGGCUUAUCGCCACUUCUUGUGCCACAACAAAAGCCUGGUUCUGCACACAAUUUCGACUCAUCUGGUAAUAACUCGUUGAACCAGCAGCACUUUUUCCUGCAUAUUCCGCUUGUGGCCUUUUUGAUUAAACUGGAGCCUGUAGAAUUUACUGAGACACUUCAGUACCGAAGUGUUAUCGAGGUAUGCCAACAGAUCAUAACCAGUUUUGAUAUUCACACUCAAGUCUACUGCAUCUCAGGGCUCAUGCGUCUGGUUAUGGAUCCACAUGCACAGCUUUCUGUCCCAGUUGCCGCGGAUUCAAGUACUCAAAGCCACCCAGAUAAUGAAGAGUCGACGGGCCGAAGAGAAAAUAUACACAAUGAAGACUCUGAGCGCAAUAAACUCUUUCAUUUUUUUCGAAAGAUGAUAAAACCCAACCAAAUCAUCAACCGUCAGGAGUUACUGCUCAACGUCAUCAACAUAACCUUGAAGUCAAACGCCUUUUUGGAGCCUUUUAUCGAGUUACUAUACUACUCGGGUCGUUCCAAUACUAGGGCUGGUGAACAUGGCAGAACAGGAUACAAGAAUGCUGAAGGACGCCAUCAUGAUAGUGAGUUAUAUGAUCCUUAUGCUGCCCAAGAUUCACAAACUAAUCAAACGUGCACGCAUUUACUAGCUUCAGCUCUCGAGUUAUAUUCUCAUUACAGUGAUUUGAACCAGACCAUUUCCAAGAGCAGCAAAAAUACUACUCAAUCAGGUGAAGAUACCUUUAUAAGUGAGGAAGUGAGUUAUACCAUGUUGCUAGAGCUGCUUUCCGGUAAUACUUUAGCUUGUGUUCUUGCGAGUAUCAAUGAGGCAACGUUUGUCAGAUGCUUACAUCAGCUUCUGUCUGAUGCUCGUAUUUCUAUGCAGAUUAAAGGUCUUGAGGUAUUGUUGGAUCGGCUCCACCACUCGUUACCGACAGUGGAGAGUAUUAUCAGCGACGAGGAAGUUGAGCAGCACAGAAAGGACCUACGGGAUCCCAAAAAGAAGCUAACUCUGGAGGAUCUGGUUCGUGUUAAGGUGCGACCGCUAACCACGAAGCGUUCCUUCACACUCCUCCCACAACUUAAUACUCUUCUACAAUCAGCCCUGAAAAGCUCAGGUUUAUUCACAAUGAAGGCAAUUUCCAAGAAUUCUAACACGCAGUCGGAGCUUACUAUUCAAGGUGUGCUUCAGCUUUUCCGCAUUUCCCAAGUCAGCAUAUCUUGUAUCGAGGAGUUGGUGCGCAUUGUGGGCAGUGGUGGAAGUAUGCAGGCUGAGAAGACAUUGCUUAAUGCCAACCGUAGUAAGCGUAUGACAGAGGAGCUUCUUGCUAAACUCCUGGGCAAUAAGGCCGGUGUGAAGCUAGUUCACGAAUUCGUGACGAAUGUCUGCGUCAAUUGGAUUCCCAACGUGGCCCAAAGCCUCUCUUCUGUGCUCAAUACUACCACAGCUGCCGCUUCUCAGGCGACUACUUCGCCCACGCCGGAGCUUUACCAGCUUCGGGCCACCUUUGAGGAGGGCCUGUUGGAGACCCUAGUUUUGUUGCUCACUAGUCUUGGCACGGUGAUUCAGGUUAUGGGGCUUGCUUGCACCUCGUCACACUGCAUUGAAAUCCUGGAGGCCGUGACGUUGACCCUUGUGUACCAGGUGGUGGAUCUUCCCCCUGUGGUUGCUCGCUCUGCAGCAGGAUCGCUACUUCGGUACACGACGCUUUCCUGUCUGAUACGUUGUUUUCCACUGUGUUGGCAGAUGUGCCAACCGUACCUUCCACGUAUCAUAUUUGCGGCCACACACCUCACAAACUGUGAUGACGCUGAAACAAAUAGUUUGUGUAGCGAAGUGUUAGCGGUGCUGGAGGCACUUGUGGAGCCACAACUCUUUUUGGGGGCUUGUGCAACGUGUUUGCAGGGAUUUUCCAACGAUAGCAAUUGGAGCAUUUCGAUUGCGGAAACCUCCAACACGGACGACCACUUCUACAGUGCCAACAAGAUCAUCUCGUCAUCGUCCCCUUCGAUUACAGCCAACACAAGUUCACUAAAGGAGCAUACAAAGGAGAAGCUGUCUUUGCCAGGUCGUCACUGCAUCUUACGGGUGCUCCCUAACACGCAUUCUUACCAUAUGUUCUUCACCCGAGUAGAGAGCAGGAUACGUAAUUUGCGAAAGGAAGAGUUAAUGCACAUGAGUUCCCUGAUGGAUGACACAACUGUGCAAGGAAACUUUUGGCUAACUGCUUUCCACUCUCUUGCUAUGAUAUCUGUCUUCCCACCUCACGACAUUAUUAAACCUGUACUGGAGGCUUUCACUGCAUUCUUCCUGAAAUUCAAGGCAAAACGCUGCACGAAGCUUCUACGCAUAGUAACCGAGUGGGCCUUUGGCAGUGAUUUAGAUUCAUUUAUGAAAUCGAGCAUAACCAUAGACUCGGACACGGCUACAGGCAGCUUGACCGAUAAAAUGGUUUCUGACAAUGCGAAUGGAGUGUCGGUUUCGCGCACGACGUUGCACCGAUGGCUUCUUUUUUACACCUUGUUGAACCAUCAACUGGAAUUACUUGGGUCGAUUAUGGAGUUUGGCUACGGUGUCGCACUUCCUUGCAUUGUAGCAACACUAAGUAGGUAUUGCGCAUCCAGUGGGAUGGGCCACAAGUCAAUGUCAUCCUUGAUUAGCUUGUUGUUAGAAAGCGCACUCGAUAGCGUGCGCCGCAUAUCUCUUGCACAAACACCAGGUCCUGACUAUGACUACAGCAUACCGUUGAACAUCUACUUUGCCAACACAGAGGUAUUUAACAGCCUUAUGCCAGUGCUAGUUCACCAACUCACGAACUUGGCAUACCUUGCAGAUGACGUGCACGAUUUCACGUACAGAGCGCAGCACGGGGUUGUUCCCGCUGUGCGCGCCUUCUUUGCUUGUUUAAAUUCAAAUAAGCUUCAGAGUAAAACGCAGUCAGAGCUGGUUCGGGGGUUGCGUCACCCCAAUCGACAUGUGCGCCGCAUGUCAAUCGUGUGUUUGGACGGCAUUUACACGGACGGUGGUGAGGAGUUGGCUUCACGUUUAAUGGCUGAGAUGAUACCAACAGUGUUGGAACUCACUGAGGAUCGUGACGCCGCUAUCGUAGAGGAGGCUCGAAAGUUGUGCACAAACCUGUCCCACAUGACAGGAAGUGAUGUGCUUCAUGCGAUGAGUUGA